AAAUCUAUAAGAUUUCUAAUUUGAUCAGAACUUUAUAAAAGUCUAAUAACUUUUGUCACAUUAUAAGCUUUUAGGAAAAAAUAAAACGACCGACCUUAUUUAAUUGCAUUGUCCUAACUUCCCAAACGUUUUAAUGAGAUUUUGCGUAAUAGAGAAACAAGCCACGAGUUCGAUUCACAGCCACAAUAAUCUUUCUCUACCAAAUAAAGACUUGAUCUUUCUCUUCUCCUUCUAUAUCCACGCGUCAAUUCGUAAAACCAACGGCUUGAACCACCGGCAAUAGCCGCGGGAUUGCGGCGGAGGAUUAAUCAAAAAACGCACCACCUGAAAUCUCUCUGUGUACGCUAAUGGCUCCGACGAUAUUCGUUGAUCACUGUAUCCUCACAACAACGUUUGUCGCAUCCUUGUUCGCGUUUCUGCUUCUAUACGUCCUGCGUCGCCGGAGCAAGACGAUUCAUGGGUCUGUCAAUGUCCGUAACGGAACCCUAACGGUGAAAUCUGGAACAGACGUUGAUAUUAUCAUUGUCGGUGCUGGUGUCGCCGGCGCUGCCCUUGCUCAUACCCUCGGCAAGGAAGGAAGAAGAGUUCACGUUAUAGAAAGAGACUUAACGGAGCCUGAUCGAAUUGUCGGUGAAUUACUUCAGCCUGGUGGUUACUUGAAGUUAAUCGAACUCGGGCUUGAAGAUUGUGUGAAGGAUAUAGAUGCGCAGAGAGUUCUUGGUUAUGCUCUCUUUAAAGAUGGGAAACACACUAAACUCUCUUACCCGUUGGAUCAGUUUGAUUCCGAUGUUGCGGGUCGUAGCUUUCACAAUGGGAGAUUUGUGCAGAGGAUGCGAGAGAAAGCUUCUUUACUUCCCAAUGUUCGAAUGGAGCAAGGAACAGUGACAUCGUUGGUGGAAGAAAACGGAAUAAUCAAAGGUGUUCAAUACAAAACCAAAGAUGGCCAAGAGCUUAAGUCAUUUGCUCCUCUCACUAUUGUAUGUGAUGGUUGUUUCUCCAACUUGCGUCGAUCUCUCUGCAAACCUAAGGUGGAGGUGCCAUCCAAUUUCGUUGGUCUGGUAUUGGAGAAUUGCGAACUCCCGUUUCCGAACCACGGGCACGUUGUUCUUGGCGAUCCGUCACCCAUUUUAUUCUAUCCUAUCAGCAGCUCGGAAGUCCGUUGCUUGGUAGAUGUACCAGGUUCAAAACUUCCUUCAGUUGCAAGUGGUGAAAUGGCUCACCAUCUCAAAACAAUGGUUGCACCGCAGGUACCACCUCAGAUCCGUGAUGCUUUCAUUUCUGCAGUCGAAAAAGGUAACAUAAGAACAAUGCCGAACAGAAGCAUGCCAGCUGAUCCAAUUCAUACACCUGGAGCUUUGCUUUUAGGUGAUGCGUUCAACAUGCGCCAUCCUCUUACUGGAGGUGGUAUGACCGUUGCAUUGUCUGAUAUAGUCAUCCUCCGUGAUCUAUUGAACCCGCUCGUCGACUUAACCAACAAAGAGUCCUUAUCCAAAUACAUAGAAUCAUUCUACACAUUGCGGAAACCGGUUGCUUCGACUAUCAAUACACUCGCAGGCGCUCUUUACAAAGUCUUUUUAGCAUCUCCAGACGAUGCAAGAAGCGAAAUGCGUCGAGCUUGCUUCGAUUAUCUUAGCCUCGGAGGGGUUUGCUCAUCAGGACCUGUGGCUUUGCUAUCUGGUUUGAACCCACGACCUAUGAGCCUUGUUCUUCAUUUCUUCGCAGUUGCGAUUUUCGGGGUUGGUCGUUUGCUUGUACCUCUCCCGUCCGUUAAACGGUUAUGGCUUGGAGCUAGACUAAUCUCGAGUGCUUCAGGGAUCAUAUUUCCAAUAAUAAAAGCAGAAGGUGUGAGGCAAAUGUUCUUCCCUCGAACUAUUCCUGCCAUUUACAGAGCUCCUCCUACUCCUUCUUCUUCUUCUCCUCAAUGAUGAAUCAGAAACAUUGCUUUGAAGAUUUCUCAGGUGUUGUAAGAAUAGCUACUUUGCGAUUAUGGUACGAAUGAACCGGGUGGUUUGAUUUGGUUUUUACGAACUUUGGUUUGAAAUUUGUACUCAGUCCAUUACAGACAAAAUCAUCAAGUAAAUAAGUAUCUCUUUGUUAAUUGUUAGAAACAUGCGUUUUACAUAAUGAUCAACGUAACGUACAAAUUGUAUUUGAUAAGUAAUAACAUAAUAAGAUUCUUCAACAAUUUCAUGUUCA